CAGAGUUGAUGACAAGUCGCAACCACACCAAGCCUUGAGCAUGUGCUUUUUAUUCCAAAAUUUAUACUUCCAAUUUAUGAAUACAAAAAUGUUAUAAACUGGGCACUAUGUCAAACUGUCGAAACUCAAACUUUUUAUAUUAAAAAAAAAAAAAAAAACUACGUAGAUUAAUUUAAUCAUUUACAUGAUUUUUUAAAAUUUUAUUUUUCAUCUUUACCUUUUUUCCAUGUGCUGUGAUGCUCUAGUUGUGUUUUGAGUAACAUUUAUCAAAAGACCUUUCUCAGUUUAUUUACGUAAUUUUUUUAUAAAAUAUGAUUCUCAGGAAGCUUUUUUAAACUCAUUACAUAAAUAUGUUUGUGACAGUGUUUCAAGAUAUAAAUAUCUGGAUGUUCUCAAUAGUACUGUUUUUAUCAAGUCUCAUACAUUUCAUAGACUGCUCAAGUCUGGAGCCUCACAUGCCCCAUGUAUGUACGGAGCGCCAGAUGGAGUCAGUCAAAGUACAGAAACCAUGUACGAGAGCAUACACGCAAAUGACCAAAGUUUGGAAACCGAACUGCGGCCACCACAGCUGGUGUGUUACUUACGAGCCUAGAACGGUUUAUUACUCAGGGUUUACUGAAUCAUACGAAACACAAUAUAAUACAGUUUCAAAAUGUUGUAAAGGUUGGACACAGAAGAAUGAUGAACCUGGAUGUUUUUACC